AUGAAGAUACGACUGAGAAAGCUUCAAUCGCUGGCAGAGGCUGCAUUGAGUUCAGCACAGCUAAACUCUCCCAGUGACUCAAGCUUGUCGAGUGAUUCAAGCGGGUCGGAAACUACUUCUGACGCCGACUCUGAUCGAUCAGUGGCGAUGGAUUUGGAUGCUUCCCCCAGAGAGACAAGCAAGGAUGAGUCGGAAGAUGACAGCACGGGAGACAAAAGCGGAGAGGACGAGGGGACAGAGGAUAGAGUGACAGGAGACGACAGUUCCAGAAACCAGACCACGCAACAAAGGAACAAUGACUCCGAAAAUGGAGGUAACGCGGCACCAGAUAAUAACACAGGUGUUCGAUUAACCCUUGCAUCGUCGACAACUCCAUCUUCCAUGCCUGUAAUAGCAGAAGAUGAAAAUGUCAUCUCAACAGGUCACACUUCUUCGUCAAGAGAGAUUGGAGAAUCUACCGCAAUGAACUCCGUGCCUUUGCAAAAUCCAUCGUCCGUCUCUUUACCAAGGGAAAAUCAAAAUGGUGCUCCGAUGGAUUCUAUAUCAUCACGCAAUUGCCAUCAGGCUCAUACCUACCAUUCACACUCAAAAAGCCCCACGGGCGACGCGCUUGCUAGAAGUGAAGGUCCAUCUUCUCGAAGAGUCAAACGACGGAAGACACAGAAGAAAAAACCAAAAUCUAAUCGCAUAUCCACCUAUGAUGAGAGAUCGACUGCUAUUGCCUAUAUGAAGACCUGGAUAGAGAGCCAUGCAGGUGGGAAAUGGACCCAGGUGGCAUUCGAGAAAGAUUAUGCCGCCAAAUUCGAACCCAGCCGAAGUUUUAACACCAUAAGGACAUGGAGGGAGGAAAGGGAGAAUCCCCAAGCGAAGAGCCAUAUUGUGGUAUUGAAAAUUCCCGUUUCAUGUCUACGUGAGGAAUUAUCGAAUGACAAUUCUUUACAGCCAAUGCCCGGUCUUUCAAAUGGCAGGACCAACACACCACCAUCCAUUCAACAUGGGCCGUCGGAGAGGCCACAAAACUGGUCGGACAGUCAUGAUGCGACCGAUUCCGAGCCCCCUGUCAAGAUAGAAAGUGGUCUCCCGAACCUGCUAGACAGCAGCCAAUGGAGCUAUUCAGAUUCUCUUCAGGGCCCGAUAUGGGAGGAGAUAUUCUAG